UUUGCUAAAAUUGAAUCCAACGUCCGAAACCCCUCAAAAUGUGAUAGGAUUCGUGCAUCAACAAAUCUAGCUCCGCGGUAUACAAAUAUCGUCGACACGUCUGGGAUUUUUGAUACCGACAAGCCCAAUGAAGAAAUCCUAGAAGAAAUCGCUCACACCGUACAAAAAUGUGCUUAUGGGAUCAAGGCCAUAUUAUUUGUUUUGUGA